AUGAUACCAAGCAAAGCAAGUUUACUUUUUGCAUUUAAGUGCUCGCUUUCUCUAGGUCUUGUUGUGCUAUUUGGUUUGAUUUAUAAUGAAAAAGAAGCGUAUUGGGCAGGACUCACAAUUGCAAUAAGUUUUGUCACCGGAAGACAAGCGACAUUUACACUUGCCAAUGCUCGAGCACAAUCAACAGCAAUGGGAUCAAUCUAUGGAAUCUUGUGCUGUUUUGUUUUCCAAAAGUUUGAGGAUAUAAGCUUCUUACCUCUUAUUCCUUGGUUAAUAUUCACAAGUUUUCUAAGGCACAGCAGGAUGUAUGGUCAAGCUGGUGGGAUAUCAGCAGCUGUUGGGGCAUUACUAAUACUUGGUAGGAAAAAUUAUGGCCCUCCUAUCGAUUUUGCAAUUGCUAGGAUCACAGAGGCUGUAAUUGGAUUGAUCUGUUUCUUCACCAUAGAGAUUCUCUCAUGUCAAUUAAGAGCAGCACCUCUAGUAAAACUUGAACUUUCACAUUGCUUGGGAGCUCUUCAAGAAUGCAUCAAAGAUAUAGUUCUCUUUGACAAUAACCAAAGCAACCUGCAAGCUUCAAUCCUUCCAGCACUGAAACAGAAACAGGACAAUUUGAAGUCCCAUCUCGAUCAAUUUGAGAAGUUUGUUGUUGAAGCUGAGUUGGAGCCUAAUUUCUGGUUCAUCCCUUUCAACAGCGCUUGUUAUCGUAAGCUCCUGAGGUCUGUAUUAAAGAUGGCUGACCUUUCACUUUUUAUGUCCAACAAAGUACAAUCUCUAUCACUGGCAUUAAAAAGAUUUGAAGUUGCUGCAGAGUACCUCCAAAGCCACAUCAAGGGCAUGAAGAAUGAUCUAGAUCUUUUCAAGAAUAUAGUCUGCUCCUCACUUCAAUGCCUUCAAGAGUUGUCUUCCAAGAAGUCUCUUGCAGUACAUGACAAACAUGACAUGGAGUUGGGAGCAUUACAUGAGGAAGAUGAUGAGUGUUCCAUUUUAAGUUCUUUUCUUCAACAUUCCAACUAUGUAUCGGAUGGAAUUGAUACCGGUGAAGGCGAGAAAGAUGAGAAGCUUAAGAGCCAGGUGGUUCUGUGUUUGGGUGGCCUAGGAUUCUGCAUCACUAGUCUGCUGAGGGAAGUACAAGAGAUGGAGAAAGAGUUUCAAGAACUAGCCAAAUGGGAGAACCCUUCAAGCCAUGUUGUAGUAUAA